AUGGAAGGUUCCGAGAGCUCGAAAAGGGCAGCACCUGUAAAGAAAAAAGAGGCAGAAGCCUAUAUGGUGGGAACUGAGAAUUACUACACUUCUAAUCCGUAUCCAACCCAGCCACGACCUCGAUAUCGCCCACCUCCAAACUUCUAUUAUCCUCCCCAAAGCCCUUACUAUCAAGCACUAUCUCAUUACCCUUCUUACCUCGUCUAUUUCGCAAAUAACCAAAGACCAGUCACUACGUUCCCACAGAAUACCAUGCUAGCUCAAAGCCAACCUAAAGAUGAACAAAGACCGACAAGAUCCAAUCCUGAAAAACCCCAGUUCACCCCAAUUCCCAUGUCAUACGGAGAGCUGUACCCAAAACUAUUGGAAAAACAAUUAAUAUCCCCAUAUUAUAUGGCACCCUUGAAGCCUCCAUACCUAAAAUGGUACGAUCCUAAUGCCAGUUGCAUGUACCACGCCGGAAACCAGGGGCAUUCUACAGAAAAUUAUCUAGCCUUUAAAAGGAGGGUUCAAGGUCUCAUUGAUGCAGGCAUCUUACGAUUUGAUGGUACUAACAAUACAACUGAAAAUCUGCUCCCUAACCAUACUAAAGGGAAUGUGAGCACGAUGACCGAGGAAGACAAGUGGCGAACCAAAAGUUAUGUUUCUGAAAUAAAGACACAUUUACAAAAGAUAUGGAAGAUGAUGGUUGAAAAUGGGCUAUUCUGUCACCCCUGCAGAAUCUUUAAAGAAGGAAGUAUAAAAAGUCAAUGUUUUUGUGACUUCCAUGGUAUUGAAGGGCAUUACAUUCAGUAUUGUGAGGAAUUUAAAAAGUUACUUCAAGACAUGAUGGACAACAAGGAGAUUGUGAUCUUUAACAAAGAGGCCGAUGAGGGAGAAGUAUGCGCUUCUGAUAAUCAAUCAUCAAGUUUCCCUUAUAGCGCCGAUCGACUAUUUGUGAUUUAUUACGAUGCAAAAAAGGAACAAGUGAAACCGAAGAUGAUAAUUGAAAUACCAUCUCCUUUCCCUUACAAAGGCAACAAGGCGGUACCAUGGAAAUACGAUGUCAACAUUAUCACACUUGAAGGUGAAAAACCCAAAGCCACGACUGGAAGUGUUGGUGAAGUAGGACAUUUUACUCGUAGUGGGAGAUGCUAUUCUAAAAUGGUUGAACCAACGAAAAAGACGAGUGACUCGAACCAGAAAGGAAAGGCACCAAUGCAUAAGGCCGAGGUUGAACUUGAGACUCCGUCCGAACAAGAUGUUAAAAGGCCUGUGAAUGAAGAGGAAGCACGUGAAUUCUUGAAGUUCAUCAAACAUAGUAAAUAUAACAUCGUGGAACAGAUAAGCAAACAACCGGCAUGA